AUGUCGACCUCCAGGACGCUCUCACGAGGCCUUGCGAGGCUAUCGCAAGCCGGAUGCCGUCCAAGUCUCUCUACGAUUGCGCCGAGCAGAGGCCUGACUGCCUCGCCGAAUGCUUUGAGGAUAUGCGCGCCUCUUCCAAGAGCUCUUCCCUCUUCCCAAUUGCUCCCGAGCCGCCGCGCAUUCUCUACAACCCCCCAGAGGCGGCAUGGCCAUGUCACCCCGCCAAAGCCCGGUGAAGAGCUCUGGGUCACAUUCAUCGACAAGGAAGGCGAAGAGCACAAGUUCGCCGUUUCGGCCGGCGACAACCUGCUCGACAUUGCGCAGGCCAACGACCUGGAGAUGGAGGGCGCCUGCGGGGGCUCCUGCGCCUGCUCGACCUGCCAUGUCAUUGUCGAGUCGGAGGACUACUACGACAAGAUGCCCGAGCCCGAGGACGACGAGAACGACAUGCUGGACCUCGCCUUUGGGCUGACCGAGACCAGCCGUCUGGGGUGCCAGGUGAAGAUGACCAAGGAGCUGGACGGCCUGGUCGUGAGGUUGCCUUCGAUGACGAGAAACCUGCAAGCGAGCGAUUUUCAGUGA